AUGGCAAGCCAAGAUGAAAAAACGAAUAGCUAUCCUAAUAAGCUCAGCCCUUUAGAAGAGUUUAAAUACAGUAUAUCUGAAAUCCUAAAGUCCCCGAGAGAGUUACAUAUUCUCUAUUUGAUAAAUUUGUCUCUUAGUUUUCAGUAUUAUCUUAUAACAACUUUAAUCCCAUUAUUUUUUACAGAUAUUCAAGAAUUUUCAGACCUUCUAUCUGGCACAAUUUUUGGCUUUUAUGGGAUCAGCUUGGGAUUAGGUGCUAUUAUUCUUAAUCCUUUAGCAAAUAGAUUUGGACUUAAAUUUGGCCUGUCCAUAUCAUGCAUAUUUGGCUUGAUAGGCUUUUUACUUCUAGCAGUAACUUAUAAUUUAUCCGUCAAUCUUGUCAGUGUGCUUACGUUUCAAACUAUAUCAGGAGCUCUGGCUUGGCCAGUUGUUGAGUUUGGGAUAAAAAUUUAUACAAGACAAGACCAUCGAAAUUUUGCCAAUUCUCUAUGCUUGAUGAGCAAUUAUCUUGCUGGAGUUUUAACUGGUUUUUAUAUAGAUAUUGUAUGACAUUAUUAUGAAGAUGAUAAACAUACCUUAUAUAAAAUAUUUUUUUAUACAGGAGCUGGUUUUGCAUUUUUUGCAUUGAUUCUUGCUCUUGUUCUUAGGCAAAAUGAAGUUAUUGAGGAUGGAUAUUUGUGUGAUGAAAAUAUUGGUGAGCUAAGUAAAAAAAUCGUUUCUAAAAAGCGUUUUUGGAGAUUUUUUGCUUUAAUUUGUCUACUUAUUCUAUUGAGAAGUGGAUGUUUUGGGCAUCUUGAUGCAACAUUUCCUAAAUAUGUAACACGCACUCUUGGAGAUGAUGCUCAUUUUGGCUAUCUUUUAGCUGUCCAUCAAACAACCAUGCUUAUUGGAGUUAUUUUUUUCACAUAUUUUACGUAUAUCUAUUCAAGCUAUACUUUAAUAUGUAUAGGAGGAAUAGUGGGGACUUUGGCACCUCUACUAAUUCUUGGAGGCUCUAAUUAUGGCAUUUAUGCAAUUUUUGUAAUUCUGAUAUCUUGUGGAGAAGCAUUAUGAGUCCCAAGAUUGCUUGAUUAUACCAUGAGUAUUGCUCCUAAUAAAGAAGAAGGAGUCUAUUUAGCUUUAUGCAAUUUUCCUUUCUAUUUUGCUAUGAUUAUAACUGGCAUCGCCUCAGGAAUUUUAUUAGAUGAAUAUUGUCCUGACGAAGACAAUGCUGGCGAGUGUUAUAAAGUUUGGCUGAUAAUAGUAUUUUCAACCAUUCUAGUCCCAAUCCUUAUAUGAAUCUUGAGAAAUAUAUUAGAGCAGCCUGAUUAUGAAGAUAAGCCUUACCUAAAAUGCUUUGAAGACUCUAAAGAUUUAUCUAAAGACAAUGAUGAAAUAAAAGAUAAGGAAGGCUUAUUAAAGAAUAGCAAUGAUUAA